AUGCAUUGGGAUGAAGAUGAAGACGAAAUGAGCGGGCGCCAGUCGGGAGCCGGCGACCAUGAGUCCACCAUGAGCAGCGUCCGCGUUACCAUGACAACGAACAUGCUGCUCUCGCUGCUGCUGCACUGCUUCUGCGUCGCCACUACUGCCUCCAUACCUGGCGGAGGGCUGCCGGGAGUGAGCGGCGGCGACGGCACGCGCCCCGAGCGGCCGUACUUCGACGACGUGUCACCGCGCAACGUGUCUGCCGUGGUGGGCGCGGCGGCGGUGCUGCGGUGCCGCGCCAAGCACAUAGGCAAUAGAACGGUAUCGUGGAUGAGGAAACGUGACCUCCACAUCUUGACGUCCCACAUCUUCACAUACACGGGUGACGCGCGGUUCAGCGUGCUGCACCCUGAACCCUCAGACGACUGGGACCUCAAGAUAGACUACGUGCAGCCGAGGGACGCCGGCGUCUACGAGUGCCAGAUCAACACGGAACCCAAGAUCAACAUGGCUGUCAUACUGACGGUCGAAGCUGCGGCGGCGACCAUAUGGGGCUCGCAGGACGUGUACGUGAAGAAAGGCAGCACAAUAUCGCUGACGUGUUCAGUGAAUGUGCACUCGUCGCCGCCAUCCACCGCCUCAAUUUUAUGGUACCACGGCAACUCAGUGGUCGACUUCGACUCCCCCCGCGGCGGCAUCAGCCUGGAGACGGAGAAGACGGAAGGUGGCACCACCAGCAAGCUGCUGGUCACCAAGGCCGCGCUCACCGACUCCGGGAACUACACGUGCGUGCCCAAUAACGCGCACCCCGCCUCGGUGUCUGUGCACGUGCUUAAUGGCGAGCACCCAGCAGCGAUGCAGACGAGCAACCGCGCGUCGUCCUACCUCACGUCACAGCUGAGCUGUGCGAUCGUCACCUACCUACUCUCGUCCGCCGUCUGCAGAUGAUCGGCCUAGCCGCCGCCAGCCAGGGCUCGGAGCAUCUCAGUUAUAAACCUUACAUUCCAUACAAACAGAGUCUAAUUUUGUUUGAUUCAUGAUAACAGACUGUUGCUUCUAUGAUCUCCCAAAUACAAGCUCAUUUAGAGUCUUGUGUAACGUGGUUCGAGAAACAUUCCUUAAUUUUUGUAACGUUCGACUUCUCCUGAUCUAAUUACGUAACUGGUUAUUUGAUUUGUAUAAUUAAAUGUACAAAUCCUUUCAGCGUAUAAUACAGAUUCAAUAUUUAAACAGGACUUGAUUCUCUUUUACUGGUAGCACAAAUAUCAGUUUAUUUUGGAUAAAUUGACUUCAUGUUAAAAUACUCUUUUUGUUAAUAAAGUUGUUUUCAUAUACUACAUGUUAAAUGGUUUUAUAACAAAAAUAAGAGCUCCAACCCCCGAAACGUUGUAGGAUUAAUAUUAAACUUAAUAAUAGUAUUAAUUUAGGAAAUGUUAUUGAAAUAAUUGUCACUUUUGCAAACAAAUAAAUUUGUGAUCGUAAUGUUACGCGGCAGUAUUAACUUAUUAUUUAUCUAAUUAAUAAAUUAAAAAUGAAAUUUAAUUUCGUGUAAGCUCGUUCAACAAUGCUCAUUUAAAUGUAAAUUUAUUUACUAUGAAGUAAUUAUUUUGCUGAUGACGAAUUAUUAUUGAACAAACAAACUGAAUGUAAAACAUUUUUUGUAAAUAAAGUAAACUAUACGUAAUGAUGUAGAAUAAAUAAAGUUUAUAUCAGAUCGCAUUGUAAAUAUUUCGUAUUGUUGUAAAUACAAAAUAAACGAGUUUAAUACAUAAGAUUGGAUAUUAUAGUACUAGUCGUUCCACCAUUUGAGUGGUGAAAAACUGUUUUCUUAUUUUGUUCUUAGAACAACUUAUUUAAAAUUAUCAAAGCCACUUUUCAUCGGAAAUGGAAAAAAUAAUGAAGGUAAUAAGAAAGAUUUCAGCGUAACAAUAAUAAUGUUUUCAAUCAUUUGUUUUUAUUACGAAUCUAAUAUCGACUUUACGUGCAAUUAAAUAUGUUUACUAAAAGGAAAAACAAAAGUAAAUUAAUUCAAAUAAGAUCACAGCCCUCUUAAUUUUAUUCAAACAUCUCUUUCAACCUUAUGUUCGAUUACUAACACAAAUUACUGGAAUGUUUAUUCUUAAGCAGAGUACACACUAAUUGUUUAAAUUACGCAGCGUGUUCCGUAAAGACUCAAGACCGUGUUUGACUCAAACAAAACCGCGCCAACUUCACCCCCGCACUCCCUCUCCUCGCCCCCUCCCUCGUCUCGUCGGAUACGUGAUUCACCUGUGGGUGUUGCAGUGUCAAAUAAGUUUGUGUUGAGAAUUCUAAACAGGCAACUUGGCCAACAAGCCUACAGUGAAACUUCCCCUUUACACGCCUACGCAAGCUACGCCAAGCCUCACCUUCCCAUCAAAGUUUUUCUGUCUCGCAACAAACGUUUAAUAAAUACACAAAUCCCUGUAACUGAUGACAAGUGGCUUCAAACUGUAAUUACUAGGGAAUAACGACAAAUAAUUAUUAAGAAUCUAUUGACUGUUUUCCACUAAAACUUUUAUGUAUAAACUGAAUUUUCAUCGCAGGUAAUAGAAUUUAAUUUUCAUGUUAAUCUAGAUCCGCACAGAGUCAAUUUACGCUGCGUAAAACGAGACUUAUUAGGUUUACGGCGGACUAAAUUUGGGGUUAUUUAAGGCGGAGUGCCUAAUUGAUUUUGUCGCGCAGCUCGUUACUUACGCGGCGUACAUUGUGCUCUCCGCGAGACGCGACGCGCUGCGGCGUGCGGCACGCAAUGUGACGCGGCGCGACGACUACUGUUGACUUUUUCCAUCUUCUUGUAUACUUGUAAAGUAGUUUAAUACUGAAAUAUUGCGAUAGUACGGUAGCAGAAAUAUACCUAGCUAUGUUCCUUUAAAUAAAGAGUAGUAUGAUGUUACUAAUGUAAUUCGACGACUAACUUAUUUGUACGGUUGAGAGAACGGGACGUUUUUAAUAGUGGGUAUUCAUGUAAAUGCCCGAUCACUGAUUACCUAUAUUGAAGAGGUUGAUUUUGUUUCUUUUGUAUCUUGUACAUAAAUUGUAAUAAGAAAAAGGGAGUAUUAAUAAAUAUUAUUAAAAA